CAGAUCAUCAAACCCUAAAUCCCCCAACAAAAACUUUCCUCUUUCUUCUCGUUCAUCUCCUCCUCCUCCUAUUGGACUUGGCCACACACCAACCACAUCGGGCAAUAAUCUCUCUCUUUUUAAUUCCUUCUCCUCCUACCCUUCUUCACUUUCCCGAGAGAAAAAUUGGAACACUUUUUAUCUUCUUCGGAGCUGAAAUUGAGAGAAUUUUUUUAUAUCUGUGUCUCUGUCGGAGAGAAGGAGAGGACGUGUCUUUGCAUCUUUGUCUGACUCUUUCUCUAUAAUUUAGCUGAUAAAACAAUGGGAACAAGCGAAGAAAAGACGCCUUCUAAACCAGCAUCCUCAACACAGGUUGCUCAUCAUUCUCCUCUCCUUCUUCUUCUCCGUUCGUUUUAUAUUUGUAUCUUCAUGUGUGUUGACUUUUCAUGCAUCUACCUACCACUUGUUUCGCAGGACAUUCCUCCCACACCAUAUCCAGACUGGUCAAACUCAAUGCAGGCUUAUUAUGGAGGAGGAGGUACUCCGAAUCCUUUUUUCCCAUCUCCUGUUGGAUCUCCUAGUCCUCACCCUUACAUGUGGGGUGCUCAACACCAUAUGAUGCCACCUUAUGGGACCCCGGUUCCGUACCCAGCCAUGUAUCCCCCAGGGGCGGUUUACGCUCAUCCUGGCAUGCCCAUGCCUCCUGCUUCUGCUCCAACCAACAAGGAGACGGUGAAAGAACAAGCCCCUGGCAAGAAGUCAAAAGGGAGCUUGAAAAGAAAGGGUGAAGGAGGUGAGAAGGCGCCUUCUGGUUCUGGGAACGAUGGUGUAUCUCACAGUGAUGAAAGUGUCACAGGAGGUUCAUCUGAUGAAAACGAUGAGAAUCCUAACCACCAGGAGCAAGGUUCAGUUGGGAAGCCUAGCUUUGGACAAAUGCUAGCGGAUGCAAGUUCUCAGAGUAAUACUACUGGUGAGAUCCAAGGUUCAGUUCCCAUGAAGCCGCUGGCUCCUGGGACUAAUCUGAAUAUGGGAAUGGACUUAUGGUCUUCCCAGGCUGGUGUACCUGUGAAGGAUGAAAGAGAGCUCAAGAGGCAGAAAAGGAAACAAUCUAACCGUGAAUCCGCCAGGCGGUCCAGACUAAGGAAGCAGGCGGAAUGCGAGCAGCUUCAGCAGAGAGUAGAGAGUUUGACUAGUGAGAAUCAAAGCCUGAGAGAUGAGUUACAGAGACUCUCUGGAGAAUGUGAGAAGCUCAAGACUCAGAACAGUUCUAUUCAGGAUGAGUUGGUAAGAGUGCAUGGACCAGAGGCCGUAGCUAAUCUAGAACAGAAUGAUGCUGGCUCUAAAGACGGUGAAGGAACAGAUUAACAAACUUAGGAGACAUGCAACUUGAUAACGUAUUAUAAAAAACUUAUUUGUAAACCAGUCUGAAGUUAUUUGAGAUUUACGUGACCAUGAUGACCAUACAACCAUUUGACGUUUUGUGUAAUAGUGAUUACCAUACUUGAUGUUACACUUGUUUGUUUUAUUAGUCUUCAUGAUCGGAUUCAGAUU